CAAGUCAGCCGUAGUCGUGGUUCCACAAAAGCCACUGCCAACUCACAUCGAAACUUCUUUUACCAAAAACAUAAACUUCAUCUGGAGUACGCUCCUCAGACAAGAAACGUCAUAAUGGAUGUCAUGAUCCCGGAGAUACUAUACAUGAUAUGCUCAUAUCUUGAAAUCGAGGAUGUACGAAGGUUCCGUCUGCUGCCGAGCGUUUGCAGACGCCGCUGCUUGUUUCGUGCACCGAGAAGUCAUCUUCUAUCUUCACGAGCGUGACUUUGAAAUGCUUCGAAGCAUUUCACUACAUCCUAUCGCCUCGAAGAAUGUCCAUUCCCUCGUAUACAUCGGCCAUACUCUAGGAUCGCGUAAGCAAAGUAUAGAGGAAUAUCGUCAAAACUAUGAAACAAUCCGAAUGGCGGAUAAAUUGGCCGCUGAGCACUCAAACGAGCCACUGCCGCCGCGUCUAGGAAACCAUCAGCUCUUGGAGUUUUACAAAAACUAUGAACACGCCUUUGAGCAGGAGCAAAGGAUGCUUCGCAAUGACGAAGAUAUCUCUUUCAUGAAAGAAGUCAUCUCUUGCUUUACCGCACUUCAAGAGUUGGUCAUGUCAUGCGGCUUUUGGUUUCGUAAAGGCCUAAGGAAAUCUCCAUUCGAAGAAAUCCUGGCUCGUCCGGGCUCCUAUAUAAUGCCAGACGGGUGUCGACAGCUUGACUCCGUUCUCAAUGCAAUCUUUGAGAACAAAAUCAAGUUAAAGAAGUUAACCGCGGGCGAGUUGAGCUGGCAAUUUUUUCAGAAGCCACCUGCAGAACUUAAACGCACCAUGUCUUUUUAUUCUGAUCUGACAUGCCUUGAGCUAUGUAUCGACGUCGGCAUGACAGAGGACCCCGGCGCUCAGUUGGAUAUCACCACCGGCACAGAAGUCCCCCAAUGUCGACAGUUGUUGACAACCGGUUUGCUGCGCGACUUCAUCAAGUCGCUGACUCAACUUCGGGAGCUCUAUGUGGUCUUCAAUUUCAAUUCGGAGGAACACGGCUACGCCGCCAGUCUCGAGGAUAUCAUGGAACCAAAACACGUAUGGGAACACCUCGAAAGCCUGACCUUGGGGAAUAUUAUUUGCGAACGACAGGACCUUAUGUCGAUGCUGAAAAGACACAAGAGUACUCUCUCGGACUUAUGUCUUCGCGACAUCUGCCUGAGGAGCACUUCGUGGCUAGUGCUCCUCCCCAAGAUCCGAAGAACGAUGAACCUCUACGAUGCUUGUAUUUGCGGUGAAGUAAGCGGGCGGAGAGAAUCUCCACCUUACGACGAGGAAUUUUGGGACCUCUCAAUACCGGACGAAUUUGAAGAACCUCUCCGCGACGAUGUGAACGACUACUUAGUCAAGGACGACUUUAUCAAUCGUUGUCCUCUUAAUCGUUAUAAUAGCGAACUUUAAGUGGUAAUGGGUAGAUGAGACCUCAAAUGAUGGUAAUCUUCUAGUCACGUCAAGCUUAGGCAACCCGUUAGAAGUACCUGGUCUGCGGCUUUUUCUCGAAGUUGGCAUGGUUCAUUCAGG